AUGGAAGGGCACCGCGCGCUGUUGCCCGUGCCGGUGCCGCAGCCGCGGGCGUUCGCGCCGGUGGACGACGACGAGCAGGGCAGGGCCCUCUGCUCCGUCGGCGCGUCCUCCAGCGGGCGCCUGCCCGAUUCCGCACCGCCGCCGGCCUCGCACGGCGUCCUGUCGCAUCUCUACCGCCACAGCGUCGAGAUCGACGUGCUCGUCCGCAUCGAGAACGAGAGGCUGCGGUCGGGGCUGGAGGAGGCGCGUCGCCGGCACUGCGGCGGCGGCGGCGGCGGCGGCGACGAAGACGAGGCCGACGCGGCGGAAAGGAAGGUGGAGGCGCUCGAGGAGCUCAAGGGCGUCGUGGGGGCGCUCCAGGGCGCCGGGGGCGGCGCGUGCAUGUCCCGCGUCGAGGCGGCGGCGGCCGUCCGGAGGAAGGCCAAGGACGACGCCGCCGCGAGGGAGAUGCUCGCGAUGCUCGGCGCCGUCCCGCCGCUCGUCGCGAUGCUGGACGAGGGCGGCUGCGGCAGGGAGGAGGUCACGGACGCCGUGCUGUACGUGCUGCUCAACCUGGGGAUCGGCAACGACACGAACAAGGCGGCGAUCGUGCAGGCCGGCGCUGUGCACAAGAUGCUCCGCAUUGCGGAGGGCGGCGCGUCCGCCGCGCUCACGGAGGCCGUCGUCGCCAACUUGCUCUGCCUCAGCGCGCUCGACGCCAACAAGCCCGUCAUCGGCGCGUCCGGCGCCGCCCCGUUCCUCGUGCGUGCGUUCCAGGGCGCGUGCGACACCGAGCAGGCGCGCCACGACACGCUGCGCGCGCUCCUGAACCUCUCCAUCGCGCCCGCCAACGCGCCACACCUGCUGGCGGCCGGGCUCGCGCCGACGCUAGUGGCGUCCGUCGGGGACGCGCCCGUCACAGACCGCGCGCUCAUCGCGCUCUACAACCUCGUGGCGGCCUGCCCGGAGGGCCGCCGCGCGCCCGACGCAGUGCCGUUCCUCGUUGACGUGCUCAACUGGGCCGACGAGCCCGGGUGCCAGGAGAAGGCGGCAUACGUGCUGAUGGUCCUGGCGCACCGGAGCUACGGCGACCGCGCGGCCAUGGCCAUGGCCGCAGGGGACGAGGCGAAGGCCGCGGAGGCGUACCAGUGCGCGUGGGUGGGGAACACGGACGGCUUGGCGCGGUGGCCCCUUAAACUGUUAAGGGGGAUGUUUCUGUCUAAAAUUAAAAUUUUUUCUCACCGAAUCCGCUUACCCGCCCCGCGCAUACCCACCCCGCCCGCGGCCGCCGUUUCGUUCUGCCUUCCCGGCUUCCCCCAUCUGCUCCGCACAGCUCGGUACUUGCUGCCGCUUCACCUUGCGCGCGCGGCGCCUCCCCGGCGGUCCGGCUGGCGGCCGCAGCCUGUCUCCCCUCCGGUCCUCGUCUGGAUUGCGGAGGUUCUCUCGAUGCACCGCCCCGCCGGUGGCGUCGACAACCUCAUCCCCACGUCGGCGUGA